AAUAAUAACACAACGUCUCGCGGACUAAAACAACAAUAACGCUAAUCCCAAUAAUUGGCAUUGGCCCCAUUUUGAAUCAAUUUCUUAAAAUUUCCCCCUUGAGUUAUAUUUGGUUGGUCACAAUGCCUGUGUGUAUUAGGUAACCUCACUUUUUGCGCCAGGUUUUCCACGCAAAAAAUGCGUUUUUUGACUAAAUCGUUGCAAAAACUAGCCCCGAAACGUCUGGGGUUUGGUUACCGCCACAUUUCGGGGCUUAAUUUAUGGCAUGAGGAAAUCAGCAGCGAUAUUAAGCACAAAAUUGAGGAUUACUGGCGAGAUAAGCUCAAAGUUGAUGAUUUCGACGAGAAUGAGACAGUCAGGGACAAGUAUUACGUGCUGUCGAUGUUUCCCUAUCCCUCGGGGUCGCUUCAUAUGGGGCACGUCCGUGUUUACACUAUUAGUGAUGUAAUAGCGCGGUUUCAACGCAUGAAUGGGAAAAAUGUUAUUCAUCCAAUUGGCUGGGACGCGUUUGGACUUCCUGCCGAAAAUGCGGCAAUUGAGCGCCAAAUUGCACCCCAAGACUGGACACAGAGUAACAUUUCACAUAUGAAAAGUCAACUCCAACGUUUGGGGUGCAGUUUUGAAUGGGGGCGCGAGCUGGCAACUUGCGACCCCUCUUACUACAAAUGGACACAAGACUUGUUUCUUAAACUGUACGAUUCGGGACUAGUUUACCAGAAAAAGGCUCUUGUAAACUGGGACCCCGUUGACCAAACUGUCCUUGCUGAUGAACAAGUUGACGAAAAUGGGUGCUCCUGGCGUUCGGGGGCCAAAGUUGAGAAAAAACUUUUGAGACAAUGGUUUGUGCGAACGACUCGAUUCGCUAAAGAUUUGCUAGAGGGGCUCGAUGACCCCCUUUUGCAAGACUGGAGGGACGUAAUUAAAUUACAAAAACAUUGGAUUGGGGAGUGUGAUGGAGUCAAUUUUGAUUUUAAAGUACAAGGGGGCGACGAUUUUCUCACUUUGUGGACGUCUAAACCCGAAGCUAUCACUUCGGUUAAGUUCGUAGCGAUCGAUUCGAAACAUUAUUUAGGGGGAACCCCCGGUUUUGUGUUACAAGAAGGCACGAAAAAAUUAAAUUUACAACUAGUCCAUCCCUUAACAGGGCACCUUAUUCCGGUUUUUGUGACCAAUCAAAUCGAGUUUCUACCUUUCACUGAUACUUUUCUGGGAAUUCCGGGUGUUUGCCCUCAAGCGACUCAAUUCGCGGAUAAAUUUAACAUCACGUAUGAAAAACACAAGGACUUGGACGAAAACGAAAAACUGCGUUUGCAAAAUCAAAUUUGCCGCCAAGCGAGUGAGUUGGGUGUGGGCGGUUACUGGUCAAGUGCCAAGCUGCGUGAUUGGCUGAUUUCGCGUCAGAGAUUUUGGGGAACGCCAAUCCCAGUCGCCCACUGUGAUAAUUGUGGCGCUCAACCAAUCAGACAACUACCCGUGGAGUUACCCAAAGUGUCAAUGUCACAAAAAGGCGGAGCUUAUUUGAAACAAGUCGCCGAUUGGGUGGAUUGUACUUGUCCAAAAUGUCAGCAAAAAGCAAGGCGUGAAACUGACACUAUGGACACGUUUGUUGACAGUUCCUGGUAUUAUCUCAGGUACCUUGAUUCAUCAAAUUGUCAAAAAAUGUUUGAUGAAAAUAAGGCUAAAAAAAUGAUGCCAGUCGAUUUGUAUAUCGGUGGCAAGGAACAUGCAGUUCUUCACUUAUAUUACGCGAGGUUUAUAAGUCAUUUUUUGUACUCGCAAGGGUUACUCCCCGAACGUGAACCAUUCAAGCGUUUAUUGGUCCAAGGUAUGGUCAUGGGGCGCAGUUAUAGGGUCAAAGGGACGGGCCGAUAUGUUCCCGAAAGUCAGGUCAAAGUGAUAGAUAAGAAAAAAAAUCGAGCUGUUAUUGAAGCAACAGGGGAGGCUGUGGUCAUGGGGUGGGAAAAAAUGAGCAAAUCGAAACACAAUGGAGUGGAUCCUGGCGACAUGUUCUGUGAAUAUGGCAGUGAUACCACCCGACUUUUGAUUUUGGGCGAUGUGGCGCCAACUUCCCACCGGAAUUGGAACAGCAACACAUUUCCCGGAAUACUCAAUUGGCAAAAGCGUCUCUGGAUGACCAUCCAGGACUUCCUCAAACACCGGAAAACCCCCCCACCCUCAAUCCCCGACGAUCAAUUCAAGGCUCACGAUGAUUACAUGUUUGAUUCUCGCAAUUAUUACAUCAAAGGAACGACUUUCAACUAUUGUCGCUCGCAGCAACACAGUGUUGCCAUUUCCAAACAACAGGGUCUCACAAACAGUCUUCGGAGAGUGCCUGCGUCAAUUUUUGCCAAAAGUCUCCAAUUCGAGAGGGCUUUGGCCGCUCAAAUAAUUUUGUUAGCACCAAUGGCGCCACAUUUUGCGUCGGAACUAUGGAGUGGGUUUGUUUCCGCCCCCAAUCGGUUAAACCAUUCGGGUGAGAUUGAUUGGGAAAAAACCGUUCUUGAACAAAAAUGGCCGAGUCUUGAUGACAGCUACUGUCUUGAUUUGGUUUGUAAAGUCAACGGUGUUGAAGUUUGCAACGUCAAAAUACCCAAGUGUGAUAUUGAACAGUUAGGGGAAGAAGAAGCUAUUAAGAUAGCUCUUAGUCAGAAAGAAGUAAAGGAGAUUUUAGAAGAGAAAGAAGUUGAACGUACGACUUAUUUGUUUGAGCCUGAUUACGAAGGCGUUGUUAGUGUUUUUACGAGGUGGGAACGCAAAGAAAAAACUGUAACUCUGUAAUAGUUUAUUUAAUAAAUUAUUUAUAUUA